UAUAUAUUUAAGAACAAUGUUAAUCAAUUAAUUAUGUAAGAAACUAGAAUUUUUGCGAUAAAAAUAAAUAAAUAAAAAUCCCAACGUCUUCGCGUCUUGCUUUUUCGUACCCCAAGACUCUCUCCAUCCUAUUCCUUUUUCCUACCCCAACCCCAACUAAGACCCUUUGAAUUCUACAGAUAUCCCACACAUUAUACUGCACAUUCUUUCUGCUGAUGUUGGUCACUGCGGAGGAGACCUGGGAGGUUCGGGGCGACGUUUACUGCAGCACGCGGCUGCUCGGCAUUUCCGAAAUCCCCCAAAUGGAGGACGACUUGAAAUCCAAGUUGUGGUUGGACGUUAAGGCCAAUGUUACGGUGAUGGUGCUGCCGAGGAUCUUAGAGGACGAAGAGGAUUUGGAGAACCACUACAAAGUCAUGCUUUUAGAAGAUAUUGAUCAAAUGGGGCAGAGCAUCGACAGCAUUGAUUUUGAGGACAAACUUGAGAUUGACCUAGACAAGACUGCCAUGUCGCCGGCUGCUUCCAAAGCCGUCUCUCGCGUGCUUUCUGGCCUGAUCAACGUCCCCUUGCGGACUCUUUUGUCCGCGGCCGAUACAAUCUUGUGUGAGGCCCUACGUGCUAUGGCAAGGGGUACCAGUCUUGUGCACAUGGAGGCACUCAUCAAAGUUGAAGUGGUUGAGGAGUCGGAUGAUGAUGGUAUGAACGUAGAGCCAGCGUUUGCACCUGCAACAAAAUCUUCCAUUGACAAGUUGGAGAGGGUGAGAGUGGAAACUUCAUCGCCACCAGGGGUUUGCUGAUCUAUAUGUAUUGCGGAGCUUGGGGUGGGUACUGAAGGACUUCGCAAGCCGUGUUUGCAUCUUUACCACGAGAGCUGCAUCGUUGAAUGGCUGGAGACGAGCAGGUUCUGCUCGUCGUGCCGCCUCUCCAUGCCCGACGAUCUACGACAAUGAUAUGGAUCUAACGAAGACUUAUUGAUCUGGUUGGUUAUCUCAUUCUUUUUGUUAACCAAUCUGUCGAAAUUUGAUGUAUUCACUUGUUAAUUUGUGUCAUAAUAUAUCCUCCCCUAUUGUUUCUGAACGGGACUUGGCUGCUAAAGAUUCAGCAACAACUACUAAUAACCAAUCACGAUUGGACACGUGUUCAAGUUAUGAAUUUUUUAAUCAUAACUUGAACACAUGUCCAGCCGUGAUUGGUGAUCAGCAGGGGA